CAUGAAGCCAAGCGCUCUACCAAGGUGCUGCACGCGCUGCUCCACGGCCUGGCACUGGUCAUCGCCCUCGUCGGCAUCAUCGCUGUCUUCGAGUCCCACCGGACCAAGGGCAUCCCCGACAUGUACAGCCUGCACAGCUGGUGUGGGAUGGCCGCCUUCGUGCUCUACCUCCUGCAGUGGCUCCUGGGCUGCGGUUUCUUCCUGCUCCCUGGUGCCUCCUUCUCGCUGCGCGGCUGGUACAAACCCCAGCACGUCUUCUUUGGCAUUGCCCUCUUUGUCCUCUCCAUCGCCGCCUGCUUGCUGGGCAUCACCGAGAUGCUCCUCUUCAACAUCAGGCUUGAGCAUCCCCCUCCACCCCCGCAGGGACUCCUACAGCCUGGGGGUGAGCUGGUGGCCUUUGGGCUGGUGGUGGGCUAUGUGCUGACACGGGACGACUGGAAGCGCCCGCCGCUGGCCGAGGAGCUGGCCCUUUCCAUGGACUUCAAGACCCUGACGGAGGGUGAGAGCCCUGGUGGCGGCAGCCAGUGA